UUCCAGAUCUGUAUGCACAGUGUCUGCGCGUCUUAUUGGCAGUCAUACGCGAGCAACUCUGACAGGCGCUAUGUCUACCGCUGGCUCCGCAAAUAACAACGGAGAUCCAUCGCUGAACGGGUCUUGGGUGGAACUGGAGAUGAACAGGAACGCAGGAAACCCCUCCCAACCGACCCACCUGACAGUACCCCCCGUCACCCCGGGCAACAGUAACCAUGGUGAGGGGCUGGGGCUGGGGCUGACUCAGGAGGAAGAGGAGAGCAUUACAGGUGGCCUGGAGCACGUGCCGUCCUCAUCCUCCAUCCAUAACGGGGACAUGGAGAAGAUCCUGCUGGAUGCACAACAUGAAUCCAGCCGUAGCAACUCUUCCUGUGACAGCCCCCCAAGGCCCCACAGCCCACAGGACGAGGGGCAGAUCACGUUUGACGUGGAGAUGUCCAGCAGGAGGGACAGCCAGUCAGAGGAGGAGGGCAUGGAGAAAGAGAGGGAUGAGGAUAUUCUGAUGAAAGGGUCUGACUGGGUGGUGGACUGGUCCAGUCGGCCUGAAAACAUUCCCCCCAAAGAGUUCCACUUCCGACACCCCAGACGCUCCGUGACGCUCAGCAUGAGGAAGACGGGAGUGAUGAAGAAAGGCGGGGUUUUCUCCGCCGAGUUCCUCAAAGUCUUCAUCCCCUCCCUGCUGCUCUCUCACAUCCUCGUGCUUGGACUCGGGGUGUACAUUGGGAAGAGACUGACCACGCCCCCCACCAGCUCCUUCUGAACAUGAAGAAAACAAGUGCCUGGGCUCCAUCAAGCUGUGUUGGAAAGAAUAUGUCACUUUGUAUUCAGAGUGCCCUCUCCCUCUCCCCUCUCUAUCUCCCUCUCUCUCUUUUUCUUUUUCUCCUUCACUCUCUCUCACUCUCCCUCCCUCCCUCUCUCUUGCCAUGGAGGUUGAUGUGGUUGUGAGUAAGGGGCCUUAGAGGGGGCGGGGUCUUAGAGAGGAAUGGGCGGGGUCUUAGAGAGGAAGGAGCUUUAGAAAUAGUGGGGUCCCACAGGGGGGUUCUCUCUAUAGUGCACCCCCCUCUCUCUAUCUCCCUCUUUCUGUUACUCUUCAUUUAUAGCGUCUUUUUUAUUUUUCGUCUCGUUUUGUUUCGCUGUCGUUGCCUGGCGCUGUUUCUGGGCAUGGCUGAGUGGCGGGUCCCUCACUUCAUGGGUCACAUCCGACGGACACCUGAGAUGCUGAGGGAAUGGAAUGUCUCUGUUGCCAUGGAGACUCAUUUCAGCGGACUUGCUCUGUCGUUGCAUGGAAAUGCAGAGGGAGUGUGGUUAUGGGGUGUGUUGUUGAGAUGCAGUGAGCCACACAUUCUUCAUACGCAGUGUCACUGUGUCAGAGAUGGGGGUGUGUGGUGCUCUGGUUAUAGGGUGUGUUGCAGUGUCACUGUGUCAGGGAUGGGGGUGUGUGCUACUCUGGUUACGGGGUGUGUUGCAGUGUCACUGUGUCAGGGAUGGGAGUGUGCGGUACUCUGGUUAUGGGGUGUGUUGUCAGAGGUGCUGACGGUGAGGAGGGAGUCUGAUUUGAGGUCUAGCCUUGACCCAUUUGACCCUUAGACCCCAACAGUGAUCUUACCAUUAUUGGAAAGAAGAAAUCCCCAAAUUGGAAAUGUGAAUAUGCUCUGGUAUUAUUUUUGUUUGUUCUACUAUCAUCAUUAUUG